GAAGUAUCAGUCCCUGUCUUUGCAAGUACGGCCUUUUGGGUAUGGACCCUAAAGUUUUGGUGACAGCUGUGGUAACAGUGAGACUGAAAUACAGAUGCCUGACACAUUCUUAUGUUCCCCUUUGGGAUGCAGGCUCCUCUGAAAGCACCCUCCUGCUUUGCUAAGGAAACAAAGUAUUUCAGAAAGGGAUGUGUUGAAAUCAUCAGCCGUUCUACCUGUUUUGGUAGCAUUGUGUCGUUUUUCUUAGCCAUUCCUCUGCGUAAACCUAACUCUUUUUGACCAUUUUGUACCCUUCCUUUCAGCAGGGGUUUCCCCCCAGCACUGAGUGAUGGUGGCAGCUUGUGCUAACCGGUGAGGCUGGGGGAGAGCUGUGUGUUUGGGGACAGGGUGGAAGAUUGUCACUGCUACAGGUCAGAAAAAAGUGUAUUGUGUGUGGUCGAUAAUACGUAACAAGUCAUUUACUAAGAUGAGCUUCCAUCUCUCUCUGCAGGAGAAGGGAAUGCAUACCUUUCUUUACCCUAGCAGAUUUCUGCAGGGAGGCACAAAAGAAACGUAAUUUCUUCAGUCAAGUUUCUGAGUGUUACUUUCUCACAUGUUCUUAAUGAUAGAAAGCUUGGGUGGGUGUUGUGCUGUCUGUGUUAUCCAGCAUUAGCUGGUCGUGAUCUGCACUUUGUGUUCACAGGCAUUUUGUUUUUGUUAAAGACUACUUGUAUAAGCAGUUACAAACUCUGAUGGCAUGGGCACGAGUCUGAUGGGCACAUCUCCCUUACCUGCCCUCUGGUACUCAGAUUUGCGUAAGGAGGGCAGUUGCCAUUUGAAACUUGUAGUUGUAAAAUUAUCUGUUAGCAGGGAUUGGUUGUUUGGGUUUUUUUUUUACUUCUAAAAGAGGUAGCAUGGACUACACUAGAUCUGCUUGAGAUAAAUCUGUCAGUUAUUGGGUGCAAUUAGGCCAAGCAUUUUAAAAGAUCAGCAGAUGCUAUAUUUUAAGAGAUUGGUUAGUGGUAGGAAGUAAGGCUGCCAGUGAAAUUUUCCUUCUAGAGUCCAAAUGCAUAUUAAAAUCUCAUAUUAAAAUCUCAUAUUAAAAUCUCAUAUUAAAAUUUAUCCAGUAGUUGCUUAAUUUUUUCUUAAUGGAAUGUUCGUAGGUCACACGAACAAGUGCAGUAUGAAAUUUCAAACCCAACAGUCACCUGCUUUUAAAGAAAAUUAGUAAUAUUACCUCACUACAGAAGGCAACACAGUUAUUUAGCUGCUGCUUUGUGCUGUCAAAAUAUGCCCCCGUUUGUUUACAUUUGUGUAUAUUCUAAACUGUUUUGAUUUUUCUUUUGUUAAUUUUGUUUUUAGUUGUAGAAGCCUGUACAGGCUCCUGAGGUUUUCAUUGGCUCUCUUUCUAGCAACUUUUUUCCUAAGAAAGGGUGACUGCACCAAGUCUGUGAAUAAUCCUUUCUGUAUUCAAAUCUGUUUAACAGUGAGUGUUGCCUUGCAAUUUGUUAGCGCUGCUGCUCUGCCUCUUCUUUGCUUCACUUCACUUUUUAUGUCUCCUUCUCCUCUUCAUGGGAUUUUCCAUUUUGAGGACUUUCUUUACCAACUUGUCACCUGCAGGUAAAGGGGGUAGGAGGAAGAGAUUGUUUCCUUGUAACUCUUUUAUUAAGAGAGACCUGUUUCUAGUCCACGUAUAAUUUGUCUCUCUUUCCUCUCCCUUACUAUCCUUUUGCCCCUAUCAUCAAACCUCCUUACCUUCAUCCCCAUCACUCCUCCCUCCCUGAUCUUUGUUUGGGUUUGGAAGAAGUGGGAAGGUGUGGUUAGAUGCCAGAAGGGCUCAGUUAUUACUUACACAGGAAAACUUCAUCCUGUCCAACAAGUAUGCUAUUUGUAGCCUUGAGGGAUAUAUCUAAAGGGCACAGAGUUUCUGCUCAAAAUUUAAGUAGAUUAGAUUAUGUAUACAUAUUUGUUGUGACUUGGCAGAUAUCCCAGUGCCCAAGGUCUUAAAGCAUACACUUUGCUAUUCUUGAGGCAAGCUCAAUUUCAUGUUUCAAAAGAUCCUCUGGAGAGGUGGGAGGCUGCUCUUUGGAGUUCACAAAAGUGUUAUCCUCUCUAGAUCUGAUAAUGGGAAUUCUGACUACUCUUUUGUCUCAUCCUGUAUUUUGUCUUAAUAUUACAUGCUAUCAGAUGCUUCAAGACGUGAUAUAACCAUAAGAUACAGAGGAGAAGAUCCUCUCUUAGUUAACUCUCUGCUAGUUUGGAUUUUGUCCUUAAAAAAGAGGGUUGAUAUUAAUUUUUUCUGAAGGCCUCUUGAAAUCUUAUUACAAUUCUGGUUGAUCCAGUUAUCUGUGUGCGUUUUGUCUGGGUAACUGUUUGCUACCUUCUGGCAGUAAAUCUCACGGGCUAAUACUUUGCUGUUAACAAAUAAAGUAUUGGUGUUUAUUAGUUUAAAAUUUGCUGUGCUGUGCUACGUUGAAUGUCCACUCAGUGUCUUUGACUGUUGUUAAGAACAGAUGAAAUUAUCUGAGCAAGUUACUGUAUUGCUGAUUAUUUUAAUAGUAUUAUCUUGUCAUCUUGUUUAAAAAAAAAAAAAACAACAAACCACAUAAAAUGCAGGCUCAAAAGUCAGGUGCUUUAGAUGUGCUGGAGGGAAUCAUGAAGUUAAACCUGCUGUAUUUUACGAAAUUCUGUUUGGUGUGGCUCUUUUCCUUAUAAGGUCCAAUGACCAAUUGUUUUGAUUGUUUAGAAGGAAAAAAUUCCAUGAGAACUGUUAUUGAAAAUGACUAACUUGGCAUUAGUGAGCUGUCACUCUUUUACAGCAUUUGAUGCAAUACUGAAGUUAAUUAAGACAGCUGAAAUAUCCAGUUAGCCACUCAGUGCUUGAGCUGUCAUAUGUGACCUGUUUAUUACAUUCUCUUCUAAAAUACUAAUGGUAUCUAUAAAUAAAUACUCCUGUUUGUAGUCAUGUCUUCUUAACAUCCAAGCCUUUGUAAAUAAAGCACAGCCUGUGUAUCUAACAGAAGGAACGCUCAAACACUUGAUUUUGCAGUGCACACUGGACUUCAGGCUUUUGCAGUAAGGAGCUGAAGUGAUUGCUCGGGUUUUACCAUUAGAGCAGUGAAAACUUUGAAGGACUAACGUGGCACCGAGAUUGCUAAUGGACAGUGAAGGGUCUGCAAGAGUGGAGUGGCUAGAGCUGCUCAUUAGAAACUAGGGAUGCAAGAGAAGGGCAUAAUUGACUGAGAGGUAGGCUAGAUUUGGUUAAGUUGGUUUGUUUCUUUAUUUGAGGAAGGAUUGGAGGUUGAUAAAAAUGCAGUAGCUGAUAUGCAGUAGAUAUGAACUACUUUUGCUCAAAAUUGCAGAGAGGUUUGUGAGAGAGAUAGGAUUGGGACUUAGCAGAUCUGAAAUGUAUGUCCACCUAAGCCAUUCUUUUGGCAUCUCAAUGGCUUGGGGAAGAGGUGCUUGAAAAUAGUUACUGCAGUUGCUCCAACCCAUUUGUGUUAUCUGUUAUAGUAGUCUCUUCAAGACAGACGAUGAGGAGUUAUCUGUUGUGCGAUUUUUUAAUUUUUUUUUUUACCUUCUGUAUGAAGUUCUUCUGAUAUGUUGAAAAAAAGGUUUGCCCUAACAAAUAGAAGCCUCAUGCAAAAUUUACUGCAUUUUCUUUCUUCACUUCUUUUUUGCUUUUCUGAGUAUGGAAACACAGGAUUCACUCAAGCAGAUAAUAGGUAGAAUUGUUCCUUUGUGAACCUUAAAAUGGAGGGAGUGAGAAAGAAUGUCUAGGCUGUAGAUCACUGGGAAAUAAUUAACAAAAACAAUUUACUAUGGCUUAGUCCACAGUAGGAUGUUACCUUGAACACACUUCAGUUCCUCUUCCAGCAUCGUGUGUCCAUGCUGAACUGAAUUCUCGAAGUUAGAUCAAAAAAGACUGCUUACUGUAGUAAGUGCAGUAAAUGCUCGUUACAGUGAGUUAGUUUUCGCUCUAAGGUUUCUUUGGGUUAAUUGCUUGUAAUAUGCUGGAGUUUGUAUUUUUUCCCACCUGGCUCACUACCCAUGUCCUUCUGUACUCAGGAUCAUCCUAACUGGAGGUAAAUGCUCCAUACAUGUUGGCAGGUAGCCAAGAGUGCUGCUCUUUGUGGUGAGGGCUGUAAGCAAGUUGGUUGUAAUGAUUGGUAAGAUUUGAAGAGUCUGCCAAGGCCCAUGAUGGCCUCUGGUUCAUGUAUGGCUGUCCGACUCGGCUAUGAAUCAUUUCGGGAUGGACAGGCAGAGGUCGCUGCCCACAUGAAUGAAAGCCAGACAGCACACCUGGACCUGGCCUCAGGGAUGAAUCAACACAAAGGACUACAGAGGAUGUAGGAGAAGACAAAGAAAUAAGACAUGCUUAAUCAGUGCUCUUACAUGUGCUCUGGGCUGUGAUUUUGCAAGUGAAAUUGCCACUGAAUCCAGGAGUGAUUCCCCACCCAUCCAGUGGUGCGCAGUGGCACAGCAGAGGUCCAAGAUAAUGGAUAAAAACCCAGCAAAUAAAGGUCAGUAGCCUCACCUAUGCUAUAGUGUCCAGCUGGGCCCGGGCCUGCUGCAAGCACUGUGACUCAUCAGAUGUGAACAAUACCCAAGAAACGGCUACAGGAUCCUGCAGAGGCUGGAGGAGGAAACUGAUCCAGUAAGUACUGCAUGCCCAAUUACACAAUAACUUCGCAGGAAGGUUGAAACUACUUUUUAUGGAGCGGAGUUCUCUGGCUCAGGUAGCAGCCUUCCCCUCACCAUUUAACUUAGCUGUUCUCAAACUUAGGUCAGACUCUUGUCUUUUUUGUUUACUGUGGGCUCCUCAUCCACACAGAUGCACUCUAACCGGCCACCUCCAAACUUCUGCAUUCCAGCUGCUGUCCCUACAUCCCUACAUUUCUCUUGCCCUCUCACCCAGAGUAAUGAUCUUUACUGUUGAUAUUCCCCAUCCCAAAUUUUUGCAUGUCAAACCUAGUAAAUUUUGUUCAGUGUUCUCUCAGCUACCCUUGCCUAGUUAUUGGUCCUGCUGUACUGAAGGACUUCUCAGAAACAACUGUGUCAGCUCCCUUGUGCCUCCGUGUCUUCUCCUUCCCCUUGUACUCUGCACUCUGCCUUCUGUGUAAGAGAUCCAUCCCAUGAGGAGUACCAUCAAGUUAUCUUCACUGCUCAAGUCUUUGCAACUCUAAUCCAUAGCUACCGUUCCCUGUAUGGGAGGCGUGGAGAUCUCUAGAAGGAGAGAAAUGACACUGCUCUUGGUGCUGAUGUCACCAUGAAGCACACUGCCCUCGCCCUGACUGCCUUGGGGAGUACUGGGGCUGUGGGGAAGGCACAAAGCAACCCAGACUAGCGAGACACAGCAAGGAGCACAUCUGCCCCAGCUGAUCCAGAGACACAGUGUAGCUCACCACCACGGUCCCCAGCGCUCAGUUCCUCUUGUGGGUGCAAGGAGAGAGAGUUUGGAGGCUGGAGGGAACUGUGUGUUCAGGGAGAUGCACAGAUAUAGAGGACAGAUGGCAUUACAUGGGACUGCUUCUCUUCUUGCUGCUGCCUACCCUCUUGUCCAUGCAACGUCCUUCAGUUUAACAAGUGGUGUUUGUCCGUCACAUCUGUGCUGCCGACUCAGGGCUUUGUUGUUUCUCCAGUACCUGACUCCACAAAUACAGGAGCUCCUGAUUGUACUUUUUUAUCCUUUUGUGUUUUUCAUAUUGUUUUGGGGUUUUUUUCUUCAUUCUUGCUCCCCUCUCCGAAAUGGUAUCCUGUCAUCAGUUUCAUUCUAAAACUUUAACGGUGUAUUUCGUUGCUGUGCCAAGUCGCAAAGAUGAGUUGCACUUUUCUGCCUCCUUUCUCAGCUGAUUUGAUAUCUUUCAUUUCCUCCUCACUAAUCACAGCCUUCCCCAGCUUUGGUUAUGCUGCCCCCCUGCUCCAGGCUUUAGUCAUGCUCAGAGUGUUUAUAAAUCUUAAUGCAGUCUCAAAUACAAAGCUGUGCUGUCACGGAGUUUCAUUAGCAUGAUCAGUCUUUGGUGAGGGUGAAGCACACAAGGAAUUUUGAACUGCUUUACUGUUCUAAAACUUCUAUUUAGUACAGUGAGCUUGUGUAUAUGUAAGAACUGCUCCAGAAUUUCCUUAACUUUGUGGUGUAUUUUACAGUAAUUUGUAGGAGCCAUAAAAAGAGUGAAAAGAGUGUGUGGGAGGGAGCUUUGACACAAACAUUGCAGGUAAAGGAGUUGGUUGGGUGUUUUUAUUUCUUUUUUUAAAGGAAACGCUCCUCUCGCACUCCUGGAUGAAGCUUGUUGAUAGGUAGCCUUGCAGUGUAUCAUUGCAUAUUGCCUGUUUUCUUUAUAAAUGAGGCUUUUAAGUCUCUCAGGAAUUUGGUAGGGAGGAAUAUCCUUCAGUGCGAGGACAGCUAGUUGCACAUGUGUGCUGUUGCGAAUGCAAUGUUUUUUUUCUUUUAAAAAGAGCAAAGGCAGAGGAGCCUUUUAUACUGAAAUGCCUAUCCAGCAGUGCCUGACCAUUUCAAGUUUUGAAACAAUAGCGAACAGCUUACCCCAUUCCGUAUGUCCCAGAAAAACCUACAGCAACAUAUGUAGUAUGUGGAAGUAAUUUGCAAGGCAUCUUGGAGUUUUGAAGGGAACACGGUGAAAAGAAAGUUGGGAAAAAGAAUUUGAAUGCAGUCAUGAGGGAAGAAACUCAUUAGCAGUAUUAAAAUUGAGUUUGUAAUCAGUGAGGUGACUAGUAACAUCUUUCUUUUUCUGAUUUCUCUUAGCACAUAAAAAAGCUGCAGCCCAUAUGAAGAGGGGAAUUAUUAGCUAAAAGAUAGCCAUCAGAUUUCAGAAGAUAAACGAAAGGUGGAUCUGAACCUUGAAAUUGUCAGCUCAGCUCAGCAGGAGGUUGCAAAGGCAAAGUGAUGAAAGGAGGGUUUCCUGGAGAACUCCCAGAAGAUUGAAAUGGAUUAUCCGAUUCUGGAAGGGGACGAGAAACAGGCAAUACAAAGACCAGUAAAAAUGGGAAGUACUGGAUUCUGGUUUCCUCCAAGAAGAGUCAGCGGAACUGGUUAAGACCAAAAUCUGAGGACUUUAGUGGGCAAACAUCAGGCAUAUGGCUACUCAUUCUCCUGAGAAAACCCACAAGUGUAAUUAUUGUGAGAAAAUGUUUCACCGAAAAGAUCACCUAAAGAAUCACCUACAUACACACAAUCCCAACAAAGAGGCCUUUAAGUGUGAAGAAUGUGGAAAGAACUACAAUACCAAGCUUGGGUUCAAACGUCACCUGGCUUUGCAUGCUGCAACAAGCGGUGACCUCACCUGUAAGGUAUGUUUGCAGACUUUUGAAAGCACAGGAGUGCUGCUGGAGCACCUAAAAACUCACGCAGGCAAGUCAUCGGGUGGAGUGAAGGAGAAAAAACACCAGUGUGAACACUGUGAUCGUCGGUUCUACACCCGAAAGGAUGUCCGUAGACACAUGGUAGUGCACACUGGAAGAAAGGACUUCCUCUGUCAGUACUGUGCACAGAGAUUUGGGCGGAAGGAUCACCUCACGCGCCACAUGAAGAAAAGUCACAACCAAGAACUUUUGAAGGUCAAAACAGAGCCAAUGGACCUUCUAGAUCCCUUUACCUGCAAUGUUUCUGUGCCUAUUAAGGAUGAGCUGCUUCCAGUGAUGUCAUUACCUUCCAGUGAACUGACAUCAAAGCCAUUUACAAACACUUUGCAAUUAAAUCUCUACAACACUCAGAUUCAGUCCAUGCAGAGUUCUGCAUCUGCACACCAAAUGGUUGCCACAUCGUUACCAUUGGGAAUGCCUUGUCCAAUAGAUAUGGAGUCUGUCCAUCCUUCUCACCAGCUAUCGUUGAAAUAUCCACUCGGUACUACCUCAUAUGCAAUUUCUAUGCCUGAAAAAGAACAGCCAUUGAAAGGGGAAAUCGAAAGUUACUUAAUGGAGUUGCAAAGUGGUAUGCCUUCUUCAUCCCAGGAUUCUCAAGCGUCUUCAUCAAAGCUAGGGCUGGAUCCACAAGUUGGGCCACUAGAUGAUGGGUCUGGGGAGGUUUCCCUUUCCAAGGGCUCCGUUCCUAUUAGCGAACCUCUAAACACCCCAUCAUUGGACUUUUCUCAGCUGUUCAACUUCAUACCUGUAAAUGGCCCUCCCUAUAAUCCUUCUGUUUCAGUGGGAAAUCUCGGAAUGAGUUAUACACAAGAGGAGGCACAUUCUUCUAUGACUCAACUUCCACCACAAAGCCAGGAUCCACAAGAUCCUAGCAAUAGUAUAGGUCUUGGGUCUCUGCACUCGUUGUCAGCAGCUUUCACAAGCAGUCUAAGCACAACCACCACCCUACCACGAUUUCAUCAAGCUUUCCAAUAGGAUGUACAAAGCUGGCUUGUUACUGUCUAUUUGUAGAAAUGCCUUAGGUGACCAUUUUUAACUUAGUGCCUACUAUAAGACAUUAUAAAUUCUCUGCUUUUGUACAAUACCAAUCUCAUGAAGCCAGUAAGAAAUUUAAAUUAACUUUUUAAAAAUGUUUUGAAAGUGUUUAUUCUCAGCUGUGUUUACUUUGUCAGGUUGGUUUUUUUUUUUAAAGAAACAGUCUCAUUGUAUUGUUCGCAUUUUUACUGCCAAUCGACACAUUUAAAAUGUUCAGUAGAAAGUCAUCCCAAGCAAACUCUCAACAUUCAUCCCUUUUUAAAAACUCUUUCAACCAUACCAGCUAUUCUGUUUUAUUCAUGUCAGUGGUAGGACACCACUUUUUUACCUUUUAAUAUAUUUUAGUAUUUACAAAGAAUUCAGUUAAAAUAUGUAUCACAAAGGUUCCUGAAAAUUUGGGAAAAAAAAAAUCUCCAGUCCCUUUCCAAACAAAUCCUUUUCUCAAAUGGGGACACAUCUGAUCUGUUCUAUAGUGACAAAUCUAAAUUUUUAAAAUAUAGAGUUCAGAUUUUUCUGAAAACUUCUGUGUGUAUAUAUAGAAGUCCAUAUAUACACAUGUACAUAUAUAUAGCAUUUUGACUUGUAUUGAAGUCAUUAUAAAAGGUGUUAAGAAUUUUGCCAUUUUCUGGCUUAAUUUUUUGUGGCCUGUUACAGAUAAUGGAAGAAAAAAAAGUAGUUUAAUUCUUUAAAAUCAUGGCUGAACAGAAUUUCGACAGAGAAUCUCUGCUUGCCUAUAUGACAAAUGUUUCAAGUUGAAUUUGGAACUGUGAUGUUGUGCUUUCAUGACUCUGGUAGAGGGAAACAGGCAAAAUUAAUGGCUGAUCUUGAAAUAUAAAAGUGUUGUAAUUUAGUAAUGCAGAAUAUUUUGUCGCAGUUUUUGUUUUAAUUCUUAACUUGCUGUUUUUUUCUCUUUAGUAGCAUAGAAAGAGUACUGCAUAGGAAUCUCCCAGUAGUGUAUUCACAUUUGUAGGCAUCAGCCUUCUCCCAACAGCCACCAACAAAGGGUGGAUCAAGUCCAGCCAGAAAGUGUGUAUCUAUUUUCAGUUCAAAAUAGUGUGCAGUCAGAGAGUGAAUGUAAAUUUGCAGAUACCAGUUUGUUGUGUUUAUUUUUAUUGGAAUGAUCUUUUCAGUUGUGUUACAUGGUGUGUUAUGUCCUCCUAAGCAACAAGUUAGAUGUUAAUCACACUUUCUACACCUGGGUACUUGGUUAGGGUCUUUUUGCCCGUUGCCAAGAUUUAAAGACAGGACUCUUAGGAGUGAAGUAAAAGCAUAUUGCUUACACCACUUUUACCUAAUGCAAUAUAUUCUAUUCCCCAGCCCCUUAUAACCAAAAGAGGAAAAAAAAAAACCCAGCCCUGUGAUGCAUGAAGGCAAACUAGAUUUGCUUUAAUUCAACAAUAACAUUCUUUUCCUUGUCAUUUUUGUACAAGGAAUUAAAAAAUAGAAUUCACGUACAUUAGUAUCUCUUAAUAAUGGUGAUUCAUACAAGGUUUUAAAGUGGUUAAACUAAAUAUACUUCACGGAAACAAAAGUUGCUCCCAUUUAAGGAGCUGAUGCUCCAGAUGUUUUAUCAGUAGCUCCUACUUUUUUUUUUAUUCUAGGAGCAAUAUGCAGGUGUAGUUCUACUAUUUUAUACAUAUGUGUAUUUAAAUUUUAUUACUGAAAGAUAACAUUUUUAUAAAUGUGUUUGUGUUCCAAAGGCAUUAAAAUAAGGAUGUAUUAAUAAGGAAAAUACCUUUUGAAAUUCUGCAAACUACUCCUAUGUUUUGGGUUUAGGAGCACGUUAUUUCAAAGUGAGCUUUUAGCUCUGCUUCAUGACUGCUUCCUCUGGUUUCUGUGAAACAGAUUGCUUGCUUACUUACAUCUUUAGUUGAAUGAUUUGUUCAAUAUUGCUUUUUUUCCUCAUCACCUUUCUAAAGGAAGGAAGAACAUAGAUGAACAAAGCACAAGGUGAAUGCAACCGAAUGUAAGUCUAGUUUAAAUCAGCAACCAUAACACAUCUAGGAAGAACUCAUGUUUACUCUCAGUCUUUUAAAUCUGAGAUGAAGAUCAUGCCUGCAGUGGGCCAUGUCCCACACUGAGCUGAGCAUCUGCAACUUCCUCGUCGGCAGAGGAAAGUUGUUAGCGUUCAGCAUCCUGUAGCCAGGUCGGCAGCGUGGCUGGGCAACCUCUAGCACACAGAUUUCCAAUCUGUAGCAACUGUUUAGCAGUCUCAGUUGCCAAUUAGACUUGAUUAAAAAAAUCCAACAGACACUUUGCCAACAGCUGUUUCUUAGUGCAUAGCCAGAAUCCUUACUACUAACGUUCGUGCCUUAGCUCCCUGAAAAGGGAUUGACAUUUCACUUUGGAGUUAGGUGUACAUUUCACUUGAGAAAUUGAGACCUCAGACAAGAUAUUGAACCUCAUUCAGUCAGGGUUUCAGUGGGUGGCUGCACGGAGUGUGUUUGCCACUGAACUAGGAUGUAGGAUAACAUGGAAGCGGACUGACACUGUAAGCAAUACAACCACCACCCUAGUGCUUUUGAAUGUCACUUAGGCAGAGUCAAUAUUGGCCACUACUAAACCGUGAGUUUUUAAACCCCAUUUUCUCAAUUUCAGAUGGAUUCUCGGUGGGAGGGGGGAGGGCUGGCUGAUCAUGCACCACUCUUUGUGCAACUUCUAAUCUUCUAGUAACGUUUGUUUUUUAAAAAUAUAUAUAUAUUUUUGUGUACUUGUUGCUUGUGCUUUAUUUAGUAGUAAAUUGUGGAAUAGAGUGAUUUAUUGUUAAUUUGGCAGUAGCGGUUUUUAAAAACCAUAUACUGACUGAAACAUGAGCCAGAGCUGAUUGCUUUAUUAAGCUAAUAAUGAAUGUUAAGAGUACAUAUUUUCAGGAUCAUUUGCCUAGUGAGCUAAACAUGUAUUAUAGGCCAAUAUUUUUUAAAAUAAAGCUUGGUCAACCUCUAUGUUACACAUAUUACAAGAUAUAGCACUUUCAAAAAGAAAACCUAAACCUUUUAAGAAAAAUUCUUACAGGUUAUGCUUUUUAUUAUAAAACCUUUUAUUAUAAUUUGUUUCAAGUGCCAUUAGAUUACAUAUAUGUAGGCCUUUGGUAUAAUGCUUUGUGUACAAAAUGGUAGACAUUGUAAUUUUAAACAGGUACAUUUUUACAGUGUUUUCUUAUCAAUUUGCUAUAUUGCACAGAACCAGUGUGUCUUUCUUAAGGGUUUUACAAUGGUUUUUACUAGGUUUACAUGUUUCAAACUACACUGUCUUCUACUGCCAUUUGAAUACCAGUCAAAAAAAACUAGGAGUUUGUCCUCAUCAAUUGAAAACUGUGUCCUCUGGAGUUCUGGAUGGUAAACUAUGGCAAAAAAAAUGUUUAACAUGCAGUAUUUGAUACAGAUACUUUUUGACAUAUCCUACCAUCGCUAUGCUGCUGUCUGAAGUUAACUUAGGGCCUGAUCCUGCAUCCAUAAAGGUCAAAGGGAGCGGGAUUGCAUCCUUCAUUAUGUCUGUCUCAUACACUGGUUUAGCAGCUCAUCCUGUAUUCUUCUCAGUCCAUACAUAAGCCUCUGAAGUAAAUGUACUUAUCUGGUAUGUAGUGAACCAUAUAGGCUUAGCUUCCCAUCCUGCAUCCUCCCAGUGUACAGUUAAAACCACAGUCUACUUAGCAUCGCGCUCAACCUACAAAAAAUGCCACAGUAGUUCAAAAUGUGUUUGGAUAGUCCCAAAGCUUUCAUGCAAUAAGGGUGUCUUACUUUUGUUGGAAGGCAGUGUCUUUUGAUAACAGUUAUCUAGCCCUGGAAGUGACACAGAACUAUUGCUAAUCAUAUGUAAACACUUUUCAGUAUAAGCUUCAGUGGUACAGUUGAACCAGAGUGAAUGUUUAUCUCCUCAGAAACACUCCUGCAAUAUUGUUAUAUUGGAUCAUGCUGCUAAUGUAACUUGGGAUACAACUCCUUUCAUGGUGCUACAAACCUCCCUGUCUCAUUCAGAUGUAUUUUUACCCAUAGAAAAAAAGGACUAUACUAGACCUAUAGUUGUAUGAUAUAUUUUUAUACUGUGACUUAAUUUGUCAUUAAUGAACUUUGUGCAACACCACAAUGUAUUCAUAUGCACUUGCAAAAGUUAAAUUUUGGACAUGCAAAUUUAAACGCUGACAAGCCCAGCUCUUGUUCACAAAAAUAGGUGACUGCUAGUUAAAUGUGGGCUUUUUAUAUGGUGUGGAGUGAAGAACAUGCUAUGUAUUACUAAAAGCCUUUGAAUUUUGACAAAACCUGGUAUAUUGAGGAAUGGUGACACAUCCAAACCUGACUUGGAUUGCUGAAAUUAUAUUUUUAGCUAGUGGAAAAAAUGUUUGGUCUUGUAUGCUAAAAUGUUUUAAUGAGAAAAGUUUUGAGUCAAAAAUAGAGAAAAAAAAAAAAAGAACACAGAAACCCCUGCAUUCCAGACUGAAUUUGUAUAUGUUUUUUGCAUUUAAAAUUCGCUAUCCUGUGAUAUGGGAAAUUGAGUUGCUUAUCAUGUAUAUGUACUUUAAAAUGUAUUCACAAACUACUGUUGUAUUUGUAUAAAAUAUAGACAAAAAGAUUGCAUAUAUAUUUUUGUGUAUAAGCUCUGUAAAAUAGCAAUCACAUUAUGAAGCUGCAGCAGAACUUCAUUUUAAACAUUCACAUCCAAAGAAACAGACUAUUUAUUGUCCACAUACCCUGAUUAUAAAAUAUACCUUGCUGCUAUUAAACAAUAGUGCUGCAGCUUCUUGUGGCCUACAGUGUUAUGUUUGCUGUACAAAAAUAUGUGAACUCCACAAAAUAUAUCAAUAAAAUUACAGAAUGGUUUUAGUUAAUGAAUAA